AGAGCAUCUCACCUUGAGCAGCGCCCGAAGAGGGGAUAAGAACGAGGCCACACUCGCCUCCCGCUCCUGCUGCCCGCUCCCAUGCUCGCCCGGGCUGCGCCCAAGCCAGGCGCCUCGUGGCGAUGUUCCCUUGCCCGAGCCGGGGGAUGCCGCUGGAUUCAGGGGGCUGCUGCCCCACUGCAUGUUCCUCCCAUCCCAUCAACUCCUCGAUCCUUUAACCAGCUGCCCGGUGACUGGCGAGCCGGCUGGCUCAACCUCUACCGCUUCUGGCAGGAGGGCGGCUUGCACAACGUCCAUCACAUCAUGGCUCGCAAGUUCCAGCAGUUCGGGCCCAUUUACAGGGAGAAGCUGGGUAUCUACGAGAGCGUGAACAUCAUCAGCCCGCGGGAUGCUGCCACCCUCUUCCAGGCAGAGGGGACGAUGCCGGAGCGCUUCAGCGUGCCCCCCUGGGUGGCUUACCGUGACUUCCGCAACAAGCCCUAUGGUGUGCUCCUCAAGAGAGGGGAGGCCUGGCGCUCGGACCGCCUGAUGCUGAACAAGGAGGUGAUGUUGCCGCGGGUGGUAGAGGGUUUUGUGCCCCUGCUGAGUGAGGUGGGCGAGGACUUCAUCCGGCGGGCACAGGCCCAGGUGGGGAAGAGCGGCCGGGAAUGCUGGACGGCCGACUUCACCCACGAGCUCUUCCGCUUCGCCUUAGAGUCUGUGUGCCAUGUGCUAUACGGGGAGCGGCUGGGGCUUCUGCAGGACUUUGUGGACCCUGAGGCUCAGCGCUUCAUUGAUGCCGUGUCCUUGAUGUUCCACACCACCUCGCCCAUGCUCUACGUGCCGCCCACCCUCCUCCGCCACCUCAAUGCCAAGACGUGGCGGGACCAUGUCCAGGCUUGGGAUGCCAUCUUCACCCAGGCGGAUAAGUGCAUACAAAAUGUCUACCGGGACCUGCGGCUGCAACGCAAGAGCGAGAAGGAGUACAUGGGCAUCCUCUGCAACCUCAUCAUGCAGGACAAGCUGCCCUUGGAUGACAUCAAGGCCAGCGUCACCGAGAUGAUGGCAGGCGGAGUGGACACGACCUCCAUGACGCUGCAGUGGGCCAUGUUCGAGCUGGCACGGUCCCCAGGGGUCCAGGAGCAGCUGCGGGCAGAGGUCCUGGCUGCCAAGCAGGAGGCAGCAGGAGACAGGGUGAAGAUGCUGAAAACCAUCCGGUUGCUCAAAGCCGCCAUCAAGGAGACGCUCCGGCUGCACCCCGUGGCGGUGACACUGCAGAGGUACACCAUGCAAGAGGUCAUCCUCCAGGACUACCGCAUCCCCCCCAAGACACUGGUGCAGGUUGGUCUCUACGCCAUGGGUCGGGAUGCUGAGGUGUUCCCCAAACCGGAGCAGUUCAACCCCCAGCGCUGGCUGGCAGAUGGCCCCAAGCACUUCAAGGGGCUGGCUUUCGGUUUUGGACCCCGCCAGUGCCUGGGGCGCCGGAUCGCUGAGCUGGAGAUGCAGCUCUUCCUCAUGCACCGUUUUCCAUUCGCUCUUUUCUCCUCCAUCCCAGCUCCUGGAGAACUUCAAGAUCGAAACCAUGAGAGCAGUGGAAGUCGGGACCAAGUUUGAUCUCAUCCUGAUCCCAGAUAAACCCAUCUACCUGACCUUACGGCCACUUGAGUCCCAGGCGUGAGAAGCCCGUUCCUGGGUGACACUCAGACAGUCUCUGUUGCGGGGACAUCCCAAGGUGCUUUCAGUUCCUUCCAGCCAGGCUCCAGGCUAGGGAUGGGAUCUGGGGGACAGCUGGGAAGCUUUCACGGCCAUAGCCUUGGCUUGUGCAUCCCUGCCUUCACUCCAGUCCGCUCAAGGCUGCGCUUACGCCAUGGGAGAGAUAAACCAAAGUAACUCCAGCCCUGCUGCCACCCCAUAACCUCCAAGGGAGUGUGGAGUGGGUGGAUGGGUGCUGCUGCACCCCUCUUGCUGCUUGAGGGUUCCUGGGUCACCCCCAAAAGGUCACUCAAGGGACUGAAGCCACACUCCCUUGGUACCACCUAAAAUUUUGCUUUGCUUCUGAUUUACUCUGUAAUUUCAGCGUACGAAAAGUUCUGGCUCCUCUUUUACGGCA